AUGGAUUACUUUGACUACAACAGAAGGCGUGGCAACUCUGUCACGCAGGAACGCCUUAAUGCCCCCUUACCACAGCCUGCGCAAACUCCGGGCGCUGGCGUCCAAGGGCAGCCGCCACCCGCCCCAGGCCCGCAGAGGAGGCCCUUACCAAUGGGGUCAUACGAGAGUCUAAGACAGCCUUCCAGUAUCCGAAUAAGGAGACUUCCGUCGAAUAAUGCGACUGCGCGGCCAAGCUCUCAUCAGGGACCGCCAGGACCACCCGCCACCGCAGAGCACGACUUCGCGGACACCUCUCAGACCGGCCGACGAAGGAGUACGUCGGAACCCCAGCGGUAUGGCCAUAAUCUGGCCCCGCCAGCCACGGAUCUGACCCGGCAGAGGACGGCUGAGAUGCCUACGAUCACUGAGGGCAUGACUGCUGGCAGAUACACACCUUCGGAAUCGGACCAGAGCUUCCACGAAGCGUACGACGGGAGAAGGCCAGUCACACCUGGGGCGCAGUCCAUGAAUUACAGUGACAAUGGCGACCCUAUGGAGCGUAUUGAGACUGGUGCUUCCGCUGUGACUGGUGCUGGCCACGCUGCACGAGCAAACCGCGGGUUGCGGCGGCUUCGGACAGCGGCCUCGACCGCGCCACGCAACGAACGGCGUUACGAAGACGAAUACAACUCGGAUAUGGUGGAUUACUUGGACCUUGUCGAUCCAGAGGUUAGGACCCUGGGUACUCUUACAAAUGUGCAGAACUCUCUUUUCGUCCCAGAUCUUGGUCGCUGGGUCAAUCGGCGCCCGACGUACAAUCUCAGUUCGCAGCGGUCAACAACCUAUGGUCCUCUGCCGCCAAAGACCGGACGCUCCCGAGCCGGCACUGCUGCUUCUUCACGGCCCGCAUCAGGCAUGCCUAACAUACCGCAAGGCGCUCAAACUGACGCCGAGUCGAAGCACGGAGACAUCGAGAUGCAGCCACGCCCGAGCCGGACAAUGUCAAUUUCAUCCGCCCUGAGCGAUUCGCGAUACGCGGUGCUUCCUCAUGGCAUAAGUCUCGAGGACUGGAGCGAAGAGGACAAAGCAGAUCUUGAUGAUCACGUCCGGCAUCUUCUCCACUCCCGGCGGGAAGGCUUCAGGCGGAGCAUGCGAGGCUUCAAACAGUACAUCAGCAAGCCGCUGGGCCUCUUCGUCUUUGUCUAUGCUGUCCUGAUCACUCUCUUCGGAGCGGGCUGGGUUUUCUUUCUAAUCGGCUGGAUCUACGUUGGCGAGAGACAGCAGUACAUUAUCAAUAUCAUUGACAACGUCCUGGUGGCUCUGUUCGCAUUAAUGGGUGAUGGUCUUGCCCCGUUCCGCGCGGUGGACACCUACCAUAUGAUCUUCAUCGCCAGAUACCAUCAGCUGACGUGGCACUUGCGGGAGAAGAAGAGGCUUCCGGACCUUGUGGACCACAAUGAUUUGCCCGAGCGACGAUCAAGCACGGCAGAUGUAGACGUCGAAGACGCCAUCGACAAGGAGGAGACCGCCGAGUUCUCCGUCCUCAAGCCAAUUCAGCAGAAGCGCCUGCAGUACCACCAAGCAAAGUUUAGCAAAGCACAUACCUUCUAUCGACCCCACGAGACUUCUACUCACCACGCCUUCCCACUGCGACUGCUCAUCACCGUCGUCGUACUCCUGGACUUCCACAGCAUCUUCCAAGUCGCUCUCGGUACAUGCACCUGGAGCAUCAACUACCACGUGCGACCCGAGGCGCUCACGGCCACCAUCCUCUCCUGCUCCAUUUGCUGCAACAUCGCCGCUGGUGUCGUGAUCAGCAUCGGAGAUCACAGGACCCGCAAGAAGGAUGUUCUGGAGCGGAUCAAGCGGCAGGAACUUACCCAGGAGGCUAUCAGUCGUAUGGCCCAGGAAAGACAGGGCGAGGAGCGGAUUGCAAGGAAGAGCCUCGAAGUUCGUCGCGCGACGGCGGCGCAGGGAAGGGAGAGGGAGUGGGAGAUGGAGGCGCAGCAGAUGCCGCCGGCGAUUAUGGCACCGCAGAGUCAGGGUCAGGGGGAGAAGAAAUCGAAUUAG